AAAAGAGCCUGCUGCAUCUCUUCAACACUUUUUUUCCUUCACUUACUUCCUUGCAAAUGAUUAUGAUGGAUUUAAAUUUAGACGAGUAAGAAUAUUAAUAGGUUUGAGCUUGUAUGGGUCGUUGUUAUGAUGGUUAGAGUUUCUAAAUUUAUUGAAAGAAUGAGAUUAUAAUUAGGGGUUUUUUAAAUUUAAUUUUUAAAUAGUAAAAUCACUAUUCUAUACUGAAGAUGUUAAUUUUAUUGUUUAAUUAAUAUUAGCUUCUGGGGAACAGAGUAUGAUCUAAAUAUUUGGCCGGUCACAAGAGCCCUUUUCAUUCAACCGUUGAGUCUCUGAUCUUUGAUAGUUUCCUAUGUCAAAAUCAACCUCAGGCCCGCCCCCAGCUGUUGUUCAAUCCGAAGUCCCAGAAAUGAAGAACCCUGUCUCAUCCAAAGAAAGUCCCCUCUGCCAAGUGGUGGCCAUGCCUUAUCCCGGUCGCGGCCACAUCAACCCCAUCAUCAAUCUCUGCAAGCUAUUAGUUUCCAGAGCCAACAAAAUUGUUGUUACUCUUGUACUCACCGAAGAGUGGCUCAGUUACCUCAGCUCCGAGCAUCUUCCGGAAAAAAUACGCUUGGUUUCAAUACCAAACGUGAUCCCAUCUGAACAGGGUCGAGCUGCUGACAUCAAUGGGUUCUUAGAAGCUGUUUGGACCAAAAUGGAGAAUCCUUUUGAACUUCUUUUGGAUCAACUUGAGCAGCCGGCUAGUGUUAUUAUUGCUGAUAGUUUAUUGUAUUGGGCUGUUGGUGUUGGGAAUCGGAGGAAUAUUCCUGUGGCGUCGUUUUGGCCUAUGUCAGCUAUGACGUUUUCGAUAUUUGAAAACCUCAGCCUUUUAGUUCAGAACGGACACUGCCCAGUUGACUUGAUUGAUAAGGGCAAGGAGCGUGUGGACUACAUCCCAGGAGUCUCUUCAACACGUCUGAUGGACUUGCCGUCGCUCAUCAGUGGCAACGACCAACACAAAUUGCAGCAAUUCCGUAGGAUUUUUUCGUGGGUGCAUAAAGCACAGUAUCUUUUAAUCACUUCAAUCUAUGAGCUAGAACCCCCUGCCAUUGAUGCUUUAAGGGCAAAGUUUCAGUUGCCCAUCUACACUGUUGGCCCUGCUAUCCCUUUGUUCAAGCUUGGAGACAAUUCAUCUUUAAGUCCUACGCCUACCCACAGUGAUAUCAAUUACACAGAGUGGCUAAAUAGUCAACCUGACAGAUCAGUUCUGUAUGUCGCUUUUGGAAGUUUUCAUUCGGUUUCAGGCUCUCAAAUGGAUGAAAUUGCUGCUGGUUUGAGCAUUAGCGGCGUUAGGUUCUUGUGGGUAGUUCGUGAACAAACAAGUAAACUGAAAGAAGCCUGUGGUAAAAUGGGAUUGUUAGUUCCCUGGUGUGAGCAGUUGAAAGUGUUAUCUCAUCGUUGUAUAGGGGGAUUUUGGACACAUUGUGGGUGGAAUUCUGUUAGAGAAGGUGUUUUUGCAGGAGUUCCUUUUCUGACAUUCCCCAUAGGAAUGGACCAAAUGACAAACAGCAAGUUUAUUGAGGAAGAUUUGAAUACUGGUUGGAGAGUUGGGAAGGAGACGAGGGAAAAUUUGGUGACAAGAGAAGCAAUAGAUGCGCUUGUGCGCCAGUUUAUGGAUGUAGAAAACAUGGAAGUCAAAGAAAUGAGGAAAAGGGCCAAACAUCUCCAACAAAUAUGCAAAAAUGCAAUUGCAGAAAAUGGAUCAUCAGAAAUGAACAUCAAAUCCUUCAUUGGGGACAUUUCUCAACGCUAUGUAUGAAACUGAUGAUUUUACCAGGGUGGUAAAACACAGAAUCCCUGCAAUAAUUUCAUUGAUUUAUGUACCUUUGGGCGGUUUAUGUUGGCAGCUUGUUCAGAAACUUAUCAACAUUUUUGUUACAUGCAUCAUCAGAAUUGAAAAAAUAUGUCAAAGUCAUUUCCUUCUGGAA